UAUGAGAUUCAAGUGCAUAUAGUAUAUAGUUCUAUACAAUAUAUUUAAUAAGCCUUACUAUGCUAUAACCACCACGAUGUGUUGAAAUGCAGAUAUAUAGAUUAGACUUGAUCGUGUUGUUGUUUAUACCAAGCAGCAAUGUCUGUUAUAAGUGAUGCUAUUUUUCCACCUCAAAUUGGGGAUCACGUGAUAAAAACUGGCAUACGUGGUGAUGUCACAAGCGUGAUUAACGUAAUGGAUCAGUUUUGUUAUGAAUAUGAUUCUGCUCGUUUGAAUAUUGGCGAUGUUAAAGGGGCCAUACUGGAUAAGUGUUUUUUGGAAGCAUCGCCGCAAAACGUUUUGGAAUUAGGUUGUUAUUGUGGCUACAGUGCUCUUAGAAUGGGUCGGUUGCUGAAAGAAGGUGCAAAGAUAUACACAGUCGAAGGGAAUCCAGAUUUCGCUGAUGUGGCGCAUAAGGUAAUUACCUUUGCCGGAAUGGAGGAAAAGAUUCAAAUUGUGCGCGGAUUUAGUGGGGAAGUUUUGCCAACUAUUGAUGCAAAGUACGGAGUUCGGACUUUUGAUUUCGUUUUUAUUGAUCAUGCCAAGGACCUCUACGAUAGAGAUUUGAAAAUGCUUGAAGAUCUCGGGUUAAUGAGAAAUGGGACUACCAUACUUGCAGACAAUGUCAUCUAUCCUGGCGCUCCGAAAUACUUGGAAUACGUGAGAAAUAAUACAAAAUAUAAAUGUACAAACUACCCUACCAAACUACAAUUCCGUGAAAACAUAGAUGAUGCAUUGGAAAGGUCAGUUUAUCUUCUGUAAAACUAAUCUGUAUAUGGUAAUUAUUCGUUUAAUAUUUUAGUUUUGAAUAACAAAACUAUUUUUGGGUGAUUAUACAAUUCUUAAGUGUUAUUUACGCUUCUACUACCUUUGUUAAAAUAUUAAAAGUCAAGGAAUAAAUACAAACAGAUACAAGG